AAGGAGGGGAGGGGAGCGCAGGAGAAAAGGGCGUUGCUCUUCUUGUUCAUUCACAAAGAAGACGAGGGAGCUUUGCGACUAACAGCAAUCGAUAGAAGGGACUUUCUACAACAAAUGUUUUGAAAUUAACGUUUUGGAACAAGUAAAUAGUAAAAGAGAGAUGAUCAGACGAGUGGUUCGGCAGAGCAAGUUCCGUCAUGUGUUUGGCCAAGCGGUGAAGAAUGAUCAGUGCUAUGAUGAUAUCAGGGUCUCACGGGUCACCUGGGACAGUGCAUUCUGCGCAGUUAACCCCAAAUUCCUCGCCAUCAUUGUUGAGGCAAGCGGCGGUGGAGCCUUUCUCGUUCUCCCUCUGCAAAAGACUGGUCGCAUCGAUAAGGCCUACCCUACUGUUUGUGGUCACACAGGCCCAGUGCUGGACAUUGACUGGUGCCCACACAAUGAUCAUGUGAUUGCCAGCGGGUCUGAAGACUGCACUGUAAUGGUGUGGAAAAUUCCUGAGAAUGGACUUGCCUGUGCUCUCUCUGAGCCGCUUGUGGUGUUGGAGGGCCACUCUAAGCGAGUUGGCAUUGUAUCAUGGCAUCCAACAGCCCGUGACGUCCUCCUCAGUGCAGGAUGUGAUAAUACAAUCAUGAUCUGGAAUGUGGGCACUGGUGAGACACUGAUCACUCUGGAUGACAUGCACCCAGACGUCAUCUUCAGUGUCUGCUGGAACCGCAAUGGCAGCCUUAUCUGCACCGCAUGCAAGGACAAGAAAGUCCGUGUCAUUGACCCGCGUAAGGGCAAAAUCACUGCAGAAAAGGAUAAGGCCCAUGAGGGUGCGCGGCCCAUGAGAGCCAUCUUCCUUGCUGAUGGUAACAUCUUCACCACUGGCUUCAGCCGCAUGAGUGAGAGACAGUUGGCAUUGUGGAAUCCGAAAAAUAUGGACGGGCCAAUCUCUGUGCAUGAGAUGGACACCAGUAAUGGAGUGUUGCUUCCGUUCUAUGACCCUGACACUAAUGUUGUCUACCUGUGUGGAAAGGGCGACAGCAGCAUCCGGUACUUCGAGAUCACAGAUGAAGCCCCAUACGUUCAUUACCUUAAUACCUUCUCCAGCAAAGAGCCACAGAGGGGUAUGGGCUACAUGCCCAAACGGGGCCUAGACGUCAAUAAAUGUGAGAUAGCAAGGUUUUAUAAACUUCAUGAGAGGAAGUGUGAGCCAAUUAUCAUGACUGUCCCAAGAAAGUCAGACUUGUUCCAGGAUGAUCUUUAUCCAGACACGGCAGGUCCAGACUAUGCCUUGGAAGCAGAGGAGUGGUUUGAGGGCAAGAACGGCGAUCCUAUCCUGAUAUCCCUCAAACAUGGCUAUGUCCCAGGCAAGAACCGCGACCUCAAAGUAGUGAAGAAGAAUGUUCUGGACAACAAGUCACCCAAGAAGGUGGAAGAGACAUCGGCUCCUCAGAAGCCUGCCUCUCCACAGCUUACUAGAAAGAAUGAAGUAAAGUUGGAGGAGCUCCUCCGAGAAGUCAAAUCGCUUAGAGAUCUGGUGACACUUCAGGACAGGCGAAUUGCCAAACUGGAAGAGCAGGUGGCUAAAGUGGCAAUCUGAGACGUUGCUGGUAGUCUGAGUCAUCAUGUCAGUAUAGAGUGAAAUUUUCAGCUGGGCAGGGGGCCAGUCACUGCCGGAAUUUGAAGUUUGAUGCAUCCAACUAUCCCACUUGGUGUUACUUGCAACGAUGAGUUCAAGCAACAUUCCAAGAUGGACCUCUUCUUCCCCCCUCUUCAUCUUGCAUCCCCUCUGUGCAUUCACUAGCAAAAGGGAAAAAAGCUCUUAAUUGGAUAUGUGUCCUGUGUUUUAUCUUUUGAUGGAUUGUACAUUCUUUUUUUCUUUUAUUUAAAUCUGAUAAGUAUGUAAAGUUUUGGAUUUUUUGGUUACUUUUGUUGUUGUAUAGUUGUGAAUUCACACUGCCAAGUUACCUAGUGUUUUUAUAUGUAUACAACAGUAUUGCUCUAUUUUAUUUUAUCUUUGUCAUGCCAAAUGUGAGGUGACACAUGCAUCUCGCUGUAUAUCCUUUAUGCUCUUCAUCUUAUAAUUAUUUUUUUGGCUGUAGAUAGAGCUCUGCCUCUCUUCAGCUUACUAGAGUAAGACUGGAAAUAUGGACUUUACACUUCCUGUCAGUUCUUUCAAAGCUGCAUCUCACUGUAUGCCUAGAUUUUGGGUUUGGGACAUAAGUACCACUGACACAGGGAACUGGUCACUAACCAGUUGUGAGAUAGACCAGAUAUGAACUGAGGGUAUAAAAAAAACUACCUAGCAUAAACAGUCAACUUUUCAUUGAGUAUUGCAGAGAAAUUUUAAUCCACAUACUCGCAAACAGGGUUUUGUAGUCAAUGUACUACAGUGUAGUCAUUUUAAUAUCUUUGUCACAUUCUCUAAAGAGCAAUAAAAGCAGUGGGGUUUGAGGGAGAUUAAAAAAAGCCUGCUUUUGAUAAGCCAAUAUUUGUAACUUUGAUCAAUGAUAAUUAUAUUGCUGAGACAACACCCCAGUAAUUCUUCAGCCCUAAAUUAUUAUAGAAAAUUAAGGCUUGAAUUGUUAUUCAGUGGAAAUCAGUAUAACUUUUGGGCCUUUGGGCUUCAUGUUUGACAACAAAAGAAGAAUCUAAAUAUAAUUUUAGCAAUACUGGCUGCUCGUCUUCAUUCCAAACAAAGUAGACCCCAUUUGAUUUCAUUUAUUCACAAUCAGUUGGUCUGUCUUUAAAACAACUGAUAAUGUGUGGACAGCAGCCCUUUGUGGAUAAGAAGAAAGAAACCACUGAACUAUAGACUAAAUGCCCAUUUUGCCCCCCAGAUCACAGUUUGCAUGCUUUUUAAGAGACUGGGAUUGCAGUUUGUUGAGCUGAAAUGUAAGUACAUGUUCACAAAGCCUGCUGUAUGUUCAUGUGUUAUAUGCCUCUUUCAUGUUAUUCUAGUUAAGCAGCAAAAAAAUUACAUAAUUGCAAAAACUACCCUUCCCUGAGUUGGCAUUUGACCUUGAUCUACAUGCUGGCCCUUACCAGUGUAAAUGAUCUGUAAAUGUAGUAGUGCCUCUUUGUGUACUUACUGGUUUUAGCCUGGCCCCUUCAGCAUAAUCCAACUGAAGGUUGGUAUGAAUCUGAACACUUACCUGUGUCCUAAAUGGUCUUGUGCAUGCAUUCCAGGUUUCACUAAACAAAAUGUCUACCCCUACAAUAAAUUCUGUUGUUCAUAUUUCCUUGA